AUGGCCGCCAAAGAAGACUGGGAAAAGUACAAAAAGCCCGUGGACGAUCCCGAGGAAGAGAAGAAAGAGGAGAAAAUCACUCCAUUGAGUGAAGGCGAUAUCCAGGUGCUGAAGACUUACGGUGCCGCCCCAUACAGUCAGUCGAUCCGUGAGAUUGAAAAGGACCUCAAGGAGUUGGAGACACGCAUCAAGGAGAAAAUCGGCGUCGAGGAGUCUGACACUGGGCUCGCCAGCCCCAACCUAUGGGAUGUGGCCGCUGACCGCAAAAGAAUGAGCGAAGAACAGCCGUUGCAAGUUGCAAGGUGUACAAAGAUGAUCGAGCCUUCCGCAGAGGAGGAGGCCGACGGAAAGACCAAAUACGUGAUAAACAUCAAACAGAUUGCCAAAUUCGUGGUUGGUCUUGGUGAAAGAGUCUCACCAACAGACAUCGAGGAAGGAAUGAGAGUCGGUGUGGAUAGAACAAAGUACGAGAUUCAACUGCCACUUCCUCCUAGAAUUGACCCUAGCGUGACGAUGAUGACAGUGGAAGAGAAGCCGGACGUGACGUACAGCGACGUCGGAGGCUGCAAAGAACAAAUCGAAAAGCUCAGAGAAGUUGUGGAGCUUCCAUUGUUGUCUCCUGAGCGGUUCGUCAAGUUGGGAAUUGACCCUCCAAAAGGUAUUUUGCUCUACGGCCCGCCAGGAACGGGAAAGACCUUGUGUGCUCGUGCCGUGGCGAACAGAACAGAUGCCACGUUCAUCAGAGUUAUUGGAUCCGAACUCGUUCAGAAGUAUGUUGGUGAAGGUGCAAGAAUGGUGAGAGAAUUGUUUGAAAUGGCCAGAACAAAGAAAGCAUGCAUCAUCUUUUUCGAUGAGGUUGAUGCCAUUGGGGGAGCCAGAUUUGACGAUGGUGCCGGUGGAGAUAACGAAGUCCAAAGAACCAUGUUAGAGUUGAUUACACAGCUAGAUGGAUUUGACCCUAGAGGAAACAUCAAGGUGAUGUUUGCCACGAAUAGACCGAACACAUUGGAUCCUGCAUUGUUGAGACCAGGAAGAAUUGAUAGAAAGGUCGAAUUCUCGCUGCCUGACCUUGAAGGCCGUGCCAAUAUUUUCCGUAUCCACUCCAAAUCGAUGUCCUGUGAGCGUGACAUCCGUUGGGAGUUGAUUUCUAGACUCUGUCCAAACGCCACCGGAGCUGAGCUGCGGUCGGUGUGUACAGAGGCUGGUAUGUUCGCAAUUCGUUCCAGAAGAAAGGUUGCCACUGAGAAAGAUUUCCUACAAGCUGUUGAGAAGGUGAUUAAGGGAAACAUGAAGUUCAGUUCGACGUCGAGAUACAUGCAAUACAAUUAA